UGGACGUGAACAGCAACUCAGUCAUGGGCGACGGAAACUACAUGAAUCUGGUGACCCUUACUGAUCAUUUCGAGACCGAUGGAAAGUUUGACAGAGGAUUUCAAAAACCAGCGUGCACUACCAAACGGACCAGAGCCAUUGCAUUUGGUCUGGCAUUGCUGUGUCUUGUCCUCCUGGCUGCAAUCAUAGGCCUGGUGGUCCACUAUACUGGCGUUGCGAGGGCUCACGAUGCCGCAGUGCAAUACAUGCAGACCAAAUAUGAAAACCUGACUCAUCAGCAGGACCGGUUACAGCUCAGCUAUGAAAACUUGACCAGAAACAGAGACCAGAUGGAGACCAUGUACCACUCUGUCACAGAAGACAGGGAUGCGCUAACGCAAGAGCGAGACCACUUAAACAUCAGCGUCCUCACCCUGACGGAGGAGCUGCUCCAGUUACAGAGGCAAUACAACACUGUGGUUGCAAGCCACGAUUCCUUACAGAAGGAGGUCAACAGGCUCCAUCCCAACACCACAGAUAAGUCUUGCCCAGUAUCAUGGCAAGAGUUCAGAGGCAGCUGCUACUACGUCUCCACCGAGAGUAAGACCUGGGAGAAGAGCAGGGAGGAUUGCAAAAAGAGAGGAGCGGACCUGGUGAUUAUCAACAGCAGAGAGGAACAGAAUUUCCUCUCCAGAUUUUAUGACAGUAUCUGGGUCGGCCUGUCUGACAAACAGUCAGAAGGGAAGUGGAUGUGGGUGGAUGGUUCUGGUCUGCAAGGCGAGGGAUUCUGGCAGAAAGGGGAGCCAAAUGAUGUAGAAAGUAAGGAGGACUGCGUGGAGUUCUUCCGCGGACUGGGAUGGAACGACUUGCCGUGCUCCACGACCCUGUCUUGGGUUUGUGAGGCGUGAGAUCUGGUGGCGUGGACUGAGAUCGUAAGCUGCUGUCAUUGCUCCCCCCAGUCCCCACUCAGGAUGCAGUCGGAUGCAUUCUGUGUUUCCACAUUCAGGGUUUCCACACUGUCAGUAGCCCAAAAGCAGUGACAUUUAUCCACUUUGCACUAUAUAUAUACGGGACAAGUAAUGACAGCAAAUUUGGUCAAAUGAGAUUUCAUGCUGAAAAUGAAAGAUGAUCUUAUUUUGCAAUGAGUAUUCAAAUUAUUAUGUAAUCUCACAAGAAAACAAACUAAAUGCUUCCUAUUUUGCUUGCCCCUGCAGAAGUCUUUGUUGUUUUCAACACUGUCAUGGCAAGUUGAUAUCUUCAUGUGUGCCAGUAGGUUGCUGUAUCUAAAGUACCUAAAAAGGCUUUCAAAGACCAUAUUGUGUUUCUGAAUAUCACCUUAGUAUUUACUCUUUGCACGUUUCAUGUUCUGUCUUACAAAGUUACAACAGACUCUCUAGCAACAAAAUGUACAUUUACUUGUGGAAGUUGAUUAUUUAAGAUGAAAAAAUGCAAUUGAUUUUCCAGUUAAUCCAACUUCAGCUGCCUAUUAACACUUAUCGUUCAACUUAGUGUUCAUAUUCUUGCUUGAUUAAUAUUUCCCCUUCCUUUGCCAACAAUUAUCAAUGAUUCAAAUCACAUUUGCAUUUUAUUAGGCAA